AUGGAAAACGUUGAUACGGUCCAGAAACUCGUGAAUAAUCUUGACGUAAGACUGGACAAUGUUUCUGCCUCGUUGGACGAGAUUCUCGAGUUUAAGAAGCUAGAUGAUAUCAUAGAGAAAAUGUCACAAUUAGAUCAAUGCAAAAUGCUAAAUUCUUUGAGCUAUAUACUAUCUUCAUUGUAUUUUGCAUACCUGAAAGUUAAUGGAGUAAAAGAUGUGCAUACUCAUGGUAUUAUGAGCGACCUACAGCGGGUAAAAUUAUACAUGAACAGAGUUAAAACUUUCGAAGAGAGAUCAAGAGAGUCCGAAGUCCAAGAAAUCCAAAUGAAGGAGAGUAUUCACAACAAUUUGAAGGAUUCGCUAGGAACCCCAGCCAUUAGCUCCGCCAACUUCAAUGAUAAUAAACAAAACACUCACAUAAAAUUUGAAAAUAUAUGUAAUACUAAUGAUACGAACACAACGAAAAUUGUUGAUUCGAUUAAGAAAAAUACCAAGAAGAUAAGAAAAAGGUCUCAAAAGAAAAAUGUCAAGGUUUCCAAAUGA